UGCGCCGAGCUGCCGCAAAGCGACGCUGUUAUGGUCCGACGGUGACGUUUGCAAAUCUGGCGUUUGUGCUUAUCGCAGUGUUGGAUUUAGCUGGGAGUGCCUUUAAUGGGAGUGGAUUUUAGCAAGUGUAUUCUCAGUACACGUAAACGUGUAACCUGCAGAAACGGAUAUAUAACCGUUGGUACACUGGACUGUUUCGAGUUUCACGCGUCUUCGAAUCGAUCAAAAUUCCUUCUCGGGGCCUAGUGGAAGAAGUGGAUCCUCGGGCUAAGCUGCGCACUCUGACCGGGAUGAUAGGACAUGCUGCCGGGGAGAACUGCUGAUGUCUUACGUUAAUCUUGCCCACAAGAGGGCAAGCACCUGAACUCCGAGAGGUUGCUUAAAAACUGAUCGAUUGUCAUCUGAUAAAAGAAUUAAACAACAUUUUAGGAAACACACUGAGGGGCAAAGUUCUUGUUAGCUAGCUGGCUAACCAAGUUAGCAGGCUAAAAAGUGGCUUGAGUCAUAGCCAGAAAUGACCGUUUUUUGUUGUUGUUGGUUUUUUUUUGUUUGUUUUUUUUUUUUGUUUUUUUAAAGGGGUGUGUGUGUUCCGUAACUAUAUUACGUUUCUCUCGUACAAGCCUUUCAUUAAGAGAUGCUAAACCAACGAGUAAUUAAUACAGGAGGACCGAAGCCCCCAACAGCUUCAAAUUGUUAGCUAACAUUAGUUUUAGUUAGGUAAGCAAGCUCGUGACGUCAUUAGUAUUUUUACAUCUUUUUGUAUUGGGUUUUUUCUCUCUAAUUAAUAAGGAAACAUACGUGGGUUUCUGAUGAGGCUGCCCUGCUGUUUAUGGAUGUCACUGCUAUUUCCUCCCAGCCCUGUUGAUCCCUGUUGCACCUGAGGCUCUGAUCGACACACGCUUACGACUGAAAUCGAGUCAAACCUGCCAGACAUGAACCGAUAUCUGCCGGUGGCACGGCAGCACUUCCUGACUGCUCUAGCCAGCACGAGUGUGGUGGUGAAAUGUAUAUGUGUCACCGUGUUUGUGCUUUACCUCAUCUCGUGGCUGGCGGACACACGCGUGGCUCUCGGAAUCACCCCUGGAUACCUUUUUCCUCCUAACUUUUGGAUCUGGACUCUGUUGACACACUGCGUGGUGGAGCAGCAUGUGUGGGACGUAGCACUGAAUGUGGCCACAGUGAUCAUUGCGGGGAGAAUGCUGGAGCCUCUGUGGGGUGCCCUGGAGUUACUUGUCUUCUUCUUAGUGGUGAACGUUGCUGCUGGAUUGCUUUCAGGCCUCUCCUACGUUUUCGCCUACGCUGCCACCUUUGACCUAGGCUACCUGUUUGCUGUACACAUCAGCGGUGCGCCCACAUUUCUCGGUGCCGUCCUGGUGGCACUAAAGCAGACAUCAGGCGACACAACUGUGCUUCGAGUGCCUCAGAUUCGUCUGAAGGCAGCUCCAGCACUGGUUCUGCUAGCAUUAGCUAUCUUGCGGCUAGCUGGGUUGCUGGAAAGCUCCGCACCAUUAGUGGGGUGCAGCUUUGGUGCAUUAGCAGGCUGGGUAUACUUGCGCUUCUACCAAAGGCACAGUCGUGGGCGCGGUGACAUGUCGGACCACUUUGCCUUCGCCUCCUUCUUCCCAGAGGCAAUUCAGCCGGCAGUGGGCCUCAUCGCCAGCCUGGUGCAUGCUGCCCUUGUCAAGCUUAAGGUGUGUCGCAAGAUGGUGAAGCGCUACGAUGUCGGCGCACCGUCAUCCAUCACGAUCAGCCUGCCUGGCACAGACCCACAGGACGCUGAGAGGAGACGGCAGCUGGCUCUGAAAGCUCUGAAUGAACGUCUAAAGCGAGUGGAGGACCAGUCUGCUUGGCCCAGCAUGGAGGACGAGGAAGACAACGACGAAGACGAAGUUCGGACAGACGCGCCCUUGCUCCCGACCCGUGACUCCUCGCCGCCAGCUUCCAGCACUACCCAGAAUUCCACAGGGCAAGAGUCGAGCAUCAUAAGCUUUGAAGACGCCCCCACUCACUCCUAACACACACGCACACAAACACACGUGUACAUGAGUACAUGAACCGUUGAGUUCAGCCCCUCUGAGUCUGAGACAUGAUCACAACACCUGCUGAAGAGGCGGUGAUGAUUUACCCUCGAGAGCAAGACGGCUCGCCGUAGAUAGUUUAUAAAUCUUGAUCAGUUCUAAUAAACGCUCUUCUACAAACAAGCUUACAGGUACACUGAUAUGUUGAGUUUAGACGUUGUACAGAUGAACUUUUCUGAAAGUGUGCAUCUGUGGCACUUUUUUUUUCUGCAGUGUACAAACAAGAUAUUCACUUCUGUGUGUGUGUUUGUAUUUGUAUGUGUGUUUGUUCGGAAUAAAUGCUUCAGCUGCUGCUGGGACAUAUUACUUCUACUUUAUUAGGUACAGGCUUUUCAGAUGGCUUAUGGGUAACUCCUAGACUUUUUAAACUUUUUCGCCUCACCCCAGCAGCAGGUAACAAAGCAGCCCUUUUUUUUAAAUGCAUACACCGUUUUUUGCUGGGAAAUUGGGUUUAAAUGCUAUUUGUGCCUGUUUAUCACUGACGAGAAUUUCAGAACUCAUUUCAGACAUUAGCUGGUUUGCCAAAGGUGGACAGUUGGAGACUUAACAACGUCUGAGGAAAGAAAUGAUAAAAACAAGCUCCAUGUUACAGUAAUGUUGGUCGAUUGCUUACAUUAAGUUAUUAACCACAGAGGCAUCUUUUCCCAUAUAUAAUUAUUUGCUCACAACCACACAAAUUAAAACUAGCCAUAAUUUAAGAUGAUGUCUAAGUGUAAUCAAAACUGCAUUAAGAGGUAAGGAGCUGUAUGAAAAUAUUGCGGAUGCAAUAAAAUAUUAAGGAUGCAGAAAAUUCUAUAUAAGACCAAGGAUUUUUUUUCCUUUUUUCUUUUUAUUUUUAAGCACUACACCCUGCAGUGUUGUGGUUCCUCACAAUCCUGAAGUGUGGAUGAAGGGGAAAAAAACAAUAAAAUGAGUUUGCAUUUUAUUGUGAUAUUAUGAGGGGCUGAAUUUCCAAAACGGACUAUUUUGAAGCCACCAGCAAUCCAAAAGCCUUAAAUAUAGGUGCAAUGAUUGUGACUGGAACAAGUAAACAACAGUUUAAAUCAUGUGUAAUAUGGUGUAAUGUGAGAAAUGAGUAAGGCAUUUUGCUGUUUAUGUCCCAUGUCUGUGGUGUUAUGUGUCUUGAGGCCCUUUGCUUGAUCAUCCUUGGGAAAGAAACAUGCUAUGGUCCAUGCACACGUUUGUACAAGAUGCACCUCUAGGCUAUAACUAUGAUUAUCAUACAUUUACUUUUUGGGUGGGUGUGUGCGUAAGCCGGAUUGUUUAAACUAAUGACAGCAAUACAGCCGCAUACUCCAGUCUUACUGUACACACCACCUUCCUUAUCUGUCAUUAUCUAUGAAGCUUCAAGAUCUAAGGAAUCACUAAGGAAUCAGUUUAUCACUUCUAAAUGCUAAGUUUAAAAAAAAUCUACAUGGUGUGAAGCUGAUCCUGAAUCAGUCAUGCACACUAUAAUGUGUAAUGUGUGUUGACUUCAUUUCCUCUGUUGAUCUGUGAUUUUUUUUUUCUUCAGUAUUUCUUUUUAAAACCCAUCAUUCAUGUUUAAAAAUUCAACUUACCUGCUCUGUCAUUCUGUUUGUGGGGAAGACAUUGUGUACGUUGGUAUAAGAGUGAAUGUAUUAGAGCAAAAGAAGAGAAAAUUGGGGCUGUUUUUAUAAAGCAGAUUUUUUUCUGUACAGAUUUGGCUGAUGUUCAGAGACAGAGGGAACUUUUUUUAGUAGCUGGAUGUGUUUGCUCACUAAUAAUUUUUUUUGCUUGUGUGUUCAGGUUGUUUAUUUUCUGCUGUUAAUCCCCCCCCCCCCCCCCCCCCCCCCCCUUCCUGCUCUAAGUCUCAACUCUUUUCUUUACUCUGUGGCUCAAAGUCAUGUCUCCUGAGUUCCACUUCAAUUCUCUCUCUGUCUCCAAUAAAAGGUUAUAUGGAGGACACCUCAA